AUGCGACCAAAGCGUCUUUUAGCACUGGGAUUUUUCGACCUCGCCGCUGCGACAUCUCCAUUUGCCUAUGACCCAUCCGCUUUACACAAGCGGAAUAGCAAUUACGGGGAGGAGGACAGUUGCCUGGCGGAGCCCGUGCCUGUCACUAAAGUUCCAAAGACCAAUGUUUGGGCCGGGAUUAGCGCUGAAGAUAACCUGGCUGUGUGGGAGCUCCUUCACAGCCCUACCACUGGCCUCAACUUGACGCAUCCCGAAAAUGCAACGAUAACGGACAAUUAUGUCUUCUGGAUCGACGCUUUGCCGACAAACAAGUCGGCUGUACUUGCUUACAUUGAUGGCAAUAACCUGCCACCCCCGAAGUAUGCCCGGACUAUCAUUUUUGAAGGUGGAAGGAAUGGUCCUAGAUCUCAAGAGUACAUGGUGGGGCCUCUUCCAGUCUCCCCUGAAACCACUGUCGAACCCCUUGACUACAUCUACAAUGGAGGUAUGGGUGGAUCCGUGCCUUUUAAUGCUCGCUACUUCGACGACAUACGCGAAAGGGCUGUGGAGCCACUGAUUUCCUCUGUUAUGUCGAAACUUGCCAACAUAACGUCUGCAUUGUUCCAGGGUGGUGUGUAUUACGGCAGGUAUGACAACAGGACAAAUCUGAUAUAUGGAACUACGGAUCCUAUUUCUUUCGAUGGAGAACAAGCAUUCCUCAACAUUAUGUUUCGAUCUCCAUCUAGAGCGCCAUUUUUGACUCCAAUCGACUUCUUUCUGCUGAUUGACUGGACAGGGACGGACCCGUCCUCUUACUCUGUGAAGGGAUUUGUGACCAAGGAGCGGUUCUUUCGUACGACCGAGGAAUUGACAACAUCGUUCGAAGCCGGCGAGCUGAAACAGGAGUUUGACCAGACCUUAGAAGAUUCCUGGACUUUGCUGAAUCGUAAUCCUGAGAUGGGAAUUCGUAAGCUGGAUGAGAAAUUCUCUGCCACUAUCCUUGAAUUGGGAGGGAAAAGGUACAAGUUGGAUACAGACCAGCGUCGCUCUCUAGGACUCAUGUUAUUUGAUAUCAAGUUCAAAGGUGAACGGAUUUUGUAUGAAUUAUCUCUUCAAGAAGCAACCUCUCAAUACGGAGGAAACCAACCAAAGGCUGCCAAUACAGUCUUUCAAGACACCUACUUUGGUUUGGGAACCAAGAUGGGGACUCUGCUCGAAGGAUACGACUGCCCAUUCGGGUCCACGUUUUUGAAUCUGACUUACCACGAAGGCAACCACACAAUCACUAGCAUGGAUUCCCUUUGCAUUUUUGAGACCGACCUGGGAUUUCCUCUUUCCCGCCACCGCUCCGAUGACGAAGAGUCUAAUUGGGCUUCAAAAAACCUUGGUGUCAUCAAGGGGAAUGCGCUCAUAACCCGCGUCGUGGCAACCGUUGAUAAUUACGAUUACAUGUUCGACUACGCGUUCCACGUCGACGGUUCUCUCGAGAUCUCCGUUCGUGCCAGCGGCUACCUCCAGGCUAGUCCUUACUUCGAGUCGCAGCAGAAAUGGGGCCCUCGCGUCCAGCAAGCGACCCAAGGUUCAAUCCACGACCACAUCCUGACUUGGAAAGCUGACUUUGACAUCGUCGACACAGCCAACUCCUUCGAGAUUAGCAAAUUAGUCGCAGCAGAGCAAUCUCAGCCCUGGUUCCCAGAACUAGGCGUUUUCGAACAGAUUGAGCUCCAAGCCAGCUAUCUCGAAAAAGAAGAUCGUUUCAACUACGAACCAAAUAAUCAAGCCAUGUACUGUGUCGUGAACAGAAACAGAAAGAAUGCCUGGGGCGAAAAUCGCGGAUACCGUAUUGUGCCCGGCCGCUCUAACGUCCACCUCACAGCGGGCAACUCUCCCUUCUCACGCAAGAAUUGCGAAUUUGCGAAGCAGCAUCUCGCCGUCACUCGCCAGCAUGACAAUGAACCCUUUGCCAACUCCGUCCAGAACGCUAAUUUGCCCUGGAAACCACAGCAGGAUUUUAGCAAGUUUUUCGACAACGAGUCCCUUGACCAGGAAGACCUUGUGGUGUGGAUGAAUAUGGGCAUGCACCAUUUCACACGCGCUGAGGACGUGCCUGUGACGCUGUUCAGCGAGUCGUAUGCCAGUAUGAUGCUUUCACCGCAUAAUUUUUUUGACCGGGCGCAGGAUGGCGACUUAAUGAAUCGGCGUUGGGUUGUUGAAGAUAAGGAGGGUGGAAAAUUGGAUUUUGAAGAUUAUGGUGUGAAGCUUCCGCAGUGUAGGGUAGAGUUCAAAGAGCCGGUUAUGCGCUUCAAUUCAGCACUUGAGAGACUUUAG